UCAGAGUGAAUUGUGCGUAAUAGACAAAGGCGGCCGUUGUGCCUCUCGCUCAGACUGGGAAGCCGAAUAGAUAUUUGAAAAACACCUUGAGGAUUGAUUAUAAAAAACGUUUGCCAUGUUUCUGUCGAUAUUAUGGAUCUAAUUUUGGAAUAUUUUUCGGCUUUGUCUUGACCGCAGUUUCCGGUGGAUUUCUCAACCAACGUGAAGAACAAAAUGAGGUAUUUUGGCUAUAAAAAAUCAUCUUUAUGGGACAAAAUGAACAUUUGCUGUCUAACUGGGAGUCUCGUGAGUGAAAACAUCCGAAGUUCAUCAAAGAUUUUGUUUUAGUGAUUGACUGACUACAAAGAGACCACAUUCAAGUCCUCCAUCCCCCACUUAGAGUGACUGCUGCUCUCUCUGGCUCCACAACAAGCCCCCACCCGGCCAUCAAGAGGUGUGAAUACCCAGCCAGCCUACAAGUAGAUGCCAUUCGAUGAGACGGGCCGUAGAACCAGCGCUAUGACGAGCACCAUCGGGAUGCGUCUGUUCUCCACUCUGGAAAAUGGGACAGGGUCCGCUCCUGCUGAAGACGUCCUGGAUGAAGGAGGGCAUGGAGAACAGCCCCGAGAUACUACAGGAGCGGGAGCCAGUAUGUCCAGUGCGCGGGCUCGCUAUAGGUGAGCCCACAACGGUUUGGCGCAACGUGGCCCAUCCUGCUCUCCUGAACCGGCAUCGGGACCUGUCCUGGAUGGUCGCCCACGAGAUCCUCCCGGUCAGGGCCGUUAUGCACUCACGGGGCAUGGCGAGGACAUCCGCGUGCCCCCGACCAGGCUGCGGCCAAGAAGAGUCGGUGAGGCACAUGCUCUGGGAGUGCAGAGCCGCCAGGGACCUGUGGAAGGAAGCAGGCCCCCUGAUCACCUCGUGUCUGCCAGCAGGGGAGGACCUAACACCUCAGCUCGUGCUGUAUGGGGUGGGCCGAAGGCCCUUUCCAUCGAAGACCUUCACCAAGCUCUGGCCCACCCUCACGUGCCUGAAGGAUGCACUGUGGGCCUCCCGGAACCUGCUGGUAGCGAAAAACGUAGAGACCACCCCCCAGGCAGUGGCCAUGGUAGCCACGGAAGCCCUGGGGUGGUACAGAAGGAAGGGGGCCUCGACCCCAGGCGAAGGGUCCCCCACAACACCCUAGGUCCCGGCGGCCACGGCCUGACAGCGCUGCGGCGCCUAGGGCGAUGCGCCUAGGGGAGGGAUCUCCUCUGGGCACCGAGGGAUGGGACGAUGAUCUAUUCAGAAGAGCAGGAUGAGGUGAGCUUGAUAACGACUCACCCCGCUCCUGUACAAGGGACUGAAGACAGCUUUUUAACAAAGUGGCUUUUUAACAUGUUUUUCAUGUCUUAAAGAUGUUUUACCUUUGUUAGAUCAUUAGUACACAUUUUAAAUGGCUUUACAGAUUUGAUGUUUUUACAAGGAAAGUACUUUUAUUUAUGUUUGUUUUCAUUGGUUUUAACAUGUACUUUUUAACAAAUUUAAAUGUAACUUUCAAAUGCUGUGUUUUAUGCUUUGUUGCCGUUUUUAUGUGUAUAAAUGAUGUAAAAAAUGUAUGAGCUGUUUUUAAAGGAAUUGUGCCAAUAAAACUUUUCCAAAAGAAAAA